AUGUCAUCUAAAGCUGCGCCUUUCUUGGAAGCUCUCGCCUCUCGUCGUUCCGUCUACGCAUUGAAACCCGAGCUGCCAGCGGGUAUCGCUACUAAAGACGUGCAAAACAUUGUCCAGCAAAUAAUCAAAGAUACGCCAACAUGUUUCAAUUCCCAAGGUAAUAGAGCUGUCAUUCUAACAGGAGAAAGUCACAAGAAGGUAUGGGAUCAUGUGUACAAUAAGAUUCCACUUGAGAACUUCAAAAAGAGACCACUGUCGUGCAGGGAUGAGGCUUUUGGAACAGUUGUCUUUAUGGUGGACAAUGUGAAGACUAAAGAACUACAAGACAUGUUUCCAGCCUGGUCGAGUGCUUUCCCAGAUUUUGUGGCCCACUCUUCUGGUGCGGCACAGAUCUCAACUUGGUCUGCUUUAGAGCUAGUGGGGCUCGGUGGCCACUUGCAGCAUUUCAGUGACUUUGUGUCAGAAGCGCUUCCUCAAGGCGCGAUCGAAGAAGGAUGGAAGGUACAUGCUCAACUAGUAUUUGGUCUGCCCACAGCCGCGCCUGCGGAGAAGACCUACAUUGAAAACGAUGUCAAGGUAUUCGAGUAG